AUGUCGCGCCGUCCCAGGCCUCUGACGCUGCUCGACGGCGGCAGCGGCGACGCCUUUUUUGGCGAGGCUGCAGUGCGUGCGACGCUCGACGAUUUCAAGGCCGCCGCGCCCUCGAUGUUCGGCGGCCAUCCAGACACCGUCGCGAUCGGCAUCACCGGCGACAUCGCGCUCGCCGAGGUGGACGGCCCGGUGGUCGUGCUCUCGCUCUCGGGACGCUUCUGGCACAAGCGGGAGACGGUGCUCGCCAACGCCGGCGCGUUUCUGAGGCAGCGCUGGCCCGAGAUUUGCGACGUGAUCGUCGGCGACCCGGGCAGCCUGCGCGACGUCGUGCGCGACGACGAGACGGGCGACGUGCUCGAGGAUCGGCGGGCGCCCGACUGGAACGGCGACCGCGCCGCGCUCGAGUACCAGGGCAUCGACCCGGACCGAAGAGGGCCGUUCCCGGAGCGGACGGGCGGGUUCCGGGCGGGUGGCUCGAUGUUCUCGUAG